AAUGGCAAAUGAAGUUUUUUUACCUACUUCCAAAAGAAACGGAUUGGGUAGGACGUGACCUAGCCGAUAAUCAUGAAAGUCAAAGUUCUCUUCACUUUGCAGGCUUCAUUAUGGAAGGUACUUCUAAGGUAGAUGGUCAACUCAGUUGGAUUUAUGAAGGAACAAAAGCCAUUGUCAAUCGAGAAGAUUAUCUUCUUGGAAAAAGGCUUGACAAAAACUUUGAAAUGUAUUCUGACGUGGUAAGGAAGGAGAAGGAGGACAAUUUUGAAGCGUUAACUUCAGGUCGCGCGAAAACUUUGGGUUCCACGGCGGCAAAAGUUUCUAAUCUUGAGUUGAAUGUUGUUCGUAAAGAAGAUCCUUUAGUCGCUAUAAAGGUUAAAGAAGAAAGGCUACGGCAAGAAAAGUUAGAAAACCCGCUUGUAAUGAUGCGUAUGCAAAAAAUCUUGAGGGAGGCAAUGGAAAAAAAGGCAAGGAAGUUGCAGAGGAAAAUUGAGAAAGCUAAAAGAAAAGAGGAGAAGAGGAAAAGGUCCCUCCAUAGUGUUGAAAGUGAAGAUUCUCGAGAAGGAAGUAAACGAAGUUAUCAAGAGGAUCGUGCUGUUAAGGCUACCCGCAGAAAAAUGAGAAAUUAUGACUCGCAUAUACCGGCACACUUACGUUCAUAUAAAAAUUUUUCUUUUGGAUACCACGUAAAGGAUGAGAAUUCUGGUUCUGCUAGUAGUUCAGAUUCAGAGGACUAUCAUAGGAAAAAGUAUAAGUCACGAGAUUAUGGCCUCAUUGGUGUAACAGAUAAAAAAGACAUCAAAAAUAUAUGCAGACCUGCUCAUUACUCAUCUAAAAGUGUUUCUAAGCCUUUGGUUCAAAAAUACACGAAACCGGAAAGGCGGAAACUAACAAACGAGGAGAUCGAAGCUAAACGGAAAGAAAUGAUAGAGAAUGCAGAAUGGAGAGAUAAGACUCGUAAGCAGGCCUUAAAGAAAGUCGUUGAAAAGGAGAAAAUUGAGGAGAAAAAUAACGAAGGGAAACCUGCAGAUUUUAUUAGGCCGAUGAUUAAUGAUGCAACAUCCACGAUGACGAUAGAGGAACGUUUGAAUAGUACUAGACGCGGCUUACAGAAAAGUUACGGUUAUAUGGAACGAAAAUUUAUUGAGCGCUAAUU